AUGAGAAACCCUUCCCCAAAUCCUCGCCGUCGUCCCAAAUCCUCUGCCCCUACACCCUCCGCCGCUGCUCCUCCGCUCUCCAUCUCCCUUUCACAAAUCGGCCGUCGAUCUCUUUUCCCCAAAUCACCCAGAACUCGUUGUCGUCGGUGGUUGUUCAGCGUCGGCUGGGCACACGGAACCAUGGACAUAGAUGAGGAAAUCCCCGCCUUAACCCCACCCACUGCCCCCUCUCCAGUCUCCAUCAAUGAUACUGUACUUCUUCCUCCUAUCAACCCUAUCCCGGUUCCGCUAGCUCAACCCUCAAUCCCGCCUGUCAUCACAACCCCCCUCAUACCUUCUAUUGCCCCUAUUCCGGUCCUCCCAGUACCAAGACCAUUAGCUCCGUUGCCCGUCCACCCUCCCGUCCUCCGGCCUCCCCCGCCACAGAAUGGUGGAGACUUUAAACCCGGAGAUUCCGAUUCCGAUUCCCACUCCGAUGAGUCAGACACGGACCGUUCAUCCCAGAGAUACCAAGUGUCGGAGGAAAGCAAGCUGGUUAAGGAGAGGCAGGAGAAAGCUGUGCAGGAACUUCUCAUGUCGCGGCGGGCAGCCGCCUUGGCCGUCCCCACCAAUGACAACGCCGUGCGGGCCCGACUCAGGCGGCUGGGCGAGCCCAUUACCCUCUUUGGGGAGAGGGAGAUGGAAAGGCGGGACCGCCUGAGGGCGCUCAUGGCAAGGCUGGAUGCCGAGGGGCAGCUAGAAAAGCUGAUGAAAGCCCAUGAGGACGAGGAGGGAGCAUCGGGCGCGGCUGCGGAGCCCGCGGAGGAUAUUCAGUACCCGUUCUACACGGAGGGCUCACGUGCCCUGCUGGAGGCUCGGAAGGAGAUUGUGAAGUAUUCACUUGUGAAGUCUGCUUUGAGGCUCCACCGGGCGAAACGGAGAAAAGAGGAUCCGGAUGAGGAUCUGGAUGCUGAGGUGGAUUGGUCGUUGAAGCAGGCACGGAAUUUGGUGUUGGAGUGCAGUGAGAUCGGGGAUGAUCGUCCGCUCUCGGGUUGUUCGGUUUCACAUGAUGGGAAGAUGCUUGCCACCUGCUCUAUAAGUGGUGUUGCAAAAGUAUGGACCAUGCCCGACGUAAAAAAGGUGUCCUCGCUAAAAGCACAUACAGAACGAGCCACGGAUGUUGCAUUCUCCCCCAUCAACCACCAAUUGGCGACUGCCUCAGCCGACCGGACAGCAAGACUAUGGAAUCACGAUGGGUUGGCCCUCCGAACGUUCAAGGGCCACUUGGACCGUCUCGCCCGUAUUGCCUUCCACCCAUCCGGAAAAUACCUAGGCACGGCUAGCUUUGACAAGACUUGGAGAUUAUGGGAUGUGGAGACUGGUGAGGAGUUGCUCUACCAGGAAGGCCAUAGUAGGAGUGUGUACGGAAUAUCUUUCCAUCACGAUGGCUCUUUAGCGGCUUCGUGUGGGCUCGAUUCUCUUGCUCGUGUGUGGGACCUUAGGUCCGGGAAAAGUAUUCUCGCUUUUGAAGGGCAUGUGAAGCCGGCUCUAGGUGUAAGUUUCUCUCCCAAUGGCUAUCACUUGGCCACCGGGGGUGAAGACAACACUUGCAGGAUAUGGGAUUUGAGGAAGAGGAAAUCUUUAUACAUAAUACCGGCUCAUUCUAACCUUAUUUCACAGGUCAAAUUUGAGCCUCAGGAGGGCUACUUUCUGGUUACGGCUUCGUAUGAUAUGACCGCUAAGAUCUGGUCUUCUAGGGAUUUUAAGCCUGUGAAGACACUGUCCGGUCAUGAAUCAAAAGUUACAUCAUUGGAUGUCGUCGGAGAUGGACAGUGCAUUGCGACUGUUUCUCAUGACCGAACGAUCAAGCUAUGGUCGGCUAGAGAAUCUGAGAAAGAGAAGGAUAUGGAAGUCGACUAG